CCUCAAAAGGCUGCCUGAGACUUCCGUGUCUACAGCUAGAGUUUCUCCUUCUGGCUUUGAGAGUGUUGCUCCUGUAGAAGAGGAUCUGAACGGCAAGCUGAUGAACGAAGACAUACGUAUCCAUAGCUGGCCUUGUUCUUACUACUUGGACACCGGUAAACAAUGGGUUUCUGGCAGACUCUUGCUGACUCCUGUUGCGAUCAAAUUUACAGCUGACAAGACUGGGGAGCUUUUGGUCAACUUCCAUCUUUCUAGUAUUAGUGAGAUCAAGAAGGAAUCUUCAAAUUUAAUCUUCAGCUCCCUUACCAUCUUAGAGAAGAACACCAAGCACUGGUUCAGUUCUCUGCAACCCAACAGAAAUGUGGUAUUCAACAUCCUUGAGCACUUCUGGAGGGAGCAGUUGCUGUCAAGCCAAGGUGCAGGAGCAGAAGCAGCAGCUUUGCAGUCAACAAAGGGAAAAGAACUGACCGGGUUAUUGACUGGAUCGCAGAAACGACUGGAGGAUACAGCAAAAGUGCUGCAUUACCAAGGCGAGCAGUUUGAUAACAUCAUGAGAGGACUCAACAAGAUCGAAGGGGAUAUGGAUGUAGCAGACAGGUUGUUGACUGAGCUUGAGUCUCCUUCUUGGUGGCCGUUUAGCAGCAAGCUCUGGAAAGCGCCAUUGGAAAGCAAGCCAAAGGAAACUGCCACAGUUUCCGAUUCGAAGAACCAGGAAGGAAUCAUAAUUAGAAUUCCAGUUAUUAUCACCCACAGAACAGACUCAAAUGUCAAGCCAGGAAAACUCACGCUCUUCGCUUCUGGCCUGGAAAUCAGUGACUGCAAUUCUCAGGUCAUUCACCGGUUUGAAUCAAAGGAUGUGGAUGAUAUCAGAGUUCAUACGCCAUAUGAAAUCAGUGUCCGUCAGAGGUUUAUUGGGAAGCCUGACACCUCUUACCGGCUCUUGUCAGCAAAGAUGCCAGAAGCGAUCCCCAUCUUGGAGAUGCAGUUUAGCAAGAAGAUGCAGUUUUUAGAAGAUGCCCUAGGAUUUGUUGGUGCCAGGAAGUCUCCUCAGGUAGAUUUGGGGACUUCCAUUUGGCAAGCAGCCACAGGACUCCUGGGAGGAGUGGUGCAGCCCGGCUCUCCGGUGGGAGGCAAAGAAGGGAUGGACAGUGAGCAGGUUCAGCUGGAGAAGCAAGAGAAGAUCUCCCAGGAAGAAGCAAAAGAGCUUAAACAGAGCUGGAAGCCCUGAGCGGUCUGCAGUUCCGAUUGGGUGCCUGAGUAAACGACCUCACCAGGACUCCAUGAAGGGACGUUUAUGUUAAAAACCACAGAGUUUGUGGCGGUGUGAGCUGCGUUCCAUAGCUGUGCUAUAGAGCUGGAGGAAGAAAAGCCUACGAAGGUCCUGUGGUCUCUGGCUGAGCUGCUGACUCCUGCCUCGCUAUGGCUGACAUAAUGGCACUGGGUGUGGGAGGGGGUAUGAUAAUAUUAGCUUAAGGGAUGUGGUUGAGGGGGGCGGAAUUUACUAAAUUUGAAUUUAUUUUGCCAAACCAGUGCUUUCUAAUUUCUGAAACUGUUCCUGCCAAAGAACUGUUGCCUGAUAUUUACUGUCUGCAGAUCGUGUGUACCAUGAAGACAGAGAUAGUAUUAAAGAAGUUAAUUCUGUAACAUCGGCGGGGGGGAACACAUCCCAGUGCAUAUCUUUGACAUUUUCUUCCUCGAUGUCUUCUUGGGUCUAGAUGGCUCUAUUUCAGUCCUUUGCUACUUUCAGAGUCUCUUCAGUGUUUAUUUACCCUUUUAUCAUGCCCUCAUUUCAGGAAAUCAUAACCGUUAGGUCAGAGAAAAAGUGUUUUGUUGAGGAACCAUUCAUUCCAAGUGCUAAAUACCAAAUUUGCUCAUAGGGUUGCCUUGUUCCAUGGCCUGUAGUGAUCAACAGACAACUGAUCUUAACAGACACGUGUAAUGACCAUGCCCAGGACUUAUUUUUUUGGACAGCAUAAUACAGGGAGAGAACUGAGGUCCUUACAAAUAGCACUUUUGUAUUUGCUCGUGUGUAACUUAAGUAUUUAAUGGUACCAAAAUAAAAGGUGGUAGUGAAGCCGGUGGAGCUGCUUGAGUAUUUUUUUUUCCAGGCGAGGCCAGUGCUAUGUUAGUGGCACCAUGAGUGCUUAGUACUCCUAGAGAAAGUAAGUGAAAUCAGACUUCUGUAUCAGUCCAAGAAGAAUUAAUGAGAAAUCAGCCACUAAGAAUAAGAUAGUAAACUGUGACCCUUACAUACUGUCCACAUAGCCACUGGCUCAAAAGAACAGAUGCUUUAAAAUUUGUCUGCUUUUAUGUACUUCAGAUACAAGGGACCAGCUGUCCUGCCAAACUUGCCUGUUCCUGUGUUUUCUGUGCUCAGAAGUUUUGUGCUACAAGAGACAGCCUGAUUUUCUGGAGCAGGCAGGAGCACUUUUGCUAGUGGGUGGUGUAGAGCUUGAGUAUUUGUACACCAAAUGCAACUCUGGAACAAGGUGAAGGGACAUCUGUGCUUUGCAUAGCUACAUGCAAGUGCUGGUAGUGGCAAUCCCAAACAGGAAGCAUGUUAAAGCAACACAAAUCCAUAGAUUUUUGUUAUGGUAAGUUGCACUUGUCUCAUGAGGCAUUGACAAAUGUCCUCUAGCAAAUUGUUGCAGCGGUUUAAGUUGUUUCUGCUCUCUGCUGUCUCCCUGCCCACUUCCAGAUGCAGCAGGAGAGGAUGUGGACAGGCCUCUUAAUCUUUUUGGUGCAAGAUCACUCAAUCCUUAUUGUGGAUUUGAGCUUGUAAUGGGACUGUGAAUUGGAAUAUUUUAGGUGUUGUCCCCCUUUCUUGCUCUCCUUCACUAUGUUCAGCACAGAGAUGAAGCACUGUAUUAAAUUGUGAGAAGUUAUCACUGUCAAAACCUCUGUUUGCACAGCAGUUCAGAGCACUGCAAAUGCCAGUUCUUUGUGCCUUAACAGAUGAAUUUGGCUGGGGAAGCAGCAUUCAAGACUUGUUUCUGGUUAUAUGUGCUCUGUUCUAGCAUUCAGACCUCACUUGCACAGGGAUAGUGGAGUGGAUCUGUGGUGGGUUGACCCUGGCUGGGGGCCAGGUGCCCACCAGAGCCGUUCUAUCACUCCCCUCAUUCACUAAACAGGGGAAAAAAAGUAUAACAAAAAGCUUGUGGGUCGAGAUAAGGACAGGGAGAGAUCACUCACUAAUUAUCAUCGUGAGCAAAACAGACCGAACUUAGAGAGGGAAUUCAUCUAAUUUAUUACCAGGCAAAACAGAGUAGAGGAAUGAGAAAUAAAAUCAACUCUUAAAACACCUCCCCCCACCCCUGCCAUCUUCCCGGGCUCAACUUCACUCCUGGCUUCAACCUCUGCCCCCCCCCAGCAGCACAGGGGGACAGGGAAUGGGGGUUACGGUCAGUUCAGCACACGGUGUUUCUGCUGCUUCUUCAUCCUCAGGGGGAGGACUCCUCUCAUCGUUCCCCUGCUCCAACAUGGAGUCCCUCUCACGGGAGACAGUCCUUCAGGAACUUCUCCAAUGUGAGUCUCUCCCAUGGGGUGCAGACCUUCACGAACUGCUCCAGCGUGGUCUCUCCCACGGGGUCACAAGUCCUGCCAGCAAACCUGCUCCAGCGUGGGCUCCCCUCUCCAUGGGUCCACAGGUCCUGCCAGGAGCUUGCUCCAGCAUGGGCUUCCCACGGGGCCACAGCCUCCUUCAGGUGCCUCCACCUGCUCCGGCGUGGGGUCCUCCACGGGCUGCAGGUGGAAUCUCUACACCCCCUCAUCCUUCCUCCAUGGGCUGCAGGGGGACAGCCUGCUUCACCAUGGUCUUCACCACGGGCUGCAGGGGGAUCUCUGCUCCGGUGCCUGGAGCUCCUCCUCCCCCUCCAUCUGCACUGACCUUGGUGUCUGCAGAGUUUCUUACAUCUUCUCACUCCUCUCUCCGGCUGCAAAAGCCCUCUCUAACUGUUUUUUUUUCCCUUCUUAAAUAUGUUAUCACAGAAGCAAUGAUUGGCUUGGCCUUGGCCAGCGGUGGGCCCGUCUUAGAGCCGGCUGGCAUUGGCUCUAUCAGACACAGGGGGAGCUUCUAGCAGCUUCUCACAGAAGCCACCCCUGUAGCCCCCCCCGCUACCAAAACCUUGCCAUGCAAACCCAACACGGGAUCUCAGGGAGGAUUUCAGGGAAUUCAAACUGCAAUUGGCAGUACUUCCUGCACAGUGACACUGUAUCUUAUUGUUGGUUACUCAGUGUAUUGAGAUGGUAGAAUGUAUUUCACAAGCUUUAGCUAAAUUGCAUUGUUAUGAUGGCAUCUCAGGCCCCAAACUAAACUUAGGUCUCCAUUGUAAGAUCUUUAGGAUACAGUCUCUGUUUGUACAGUGCCUGGCUUCAGGUUUAGGUCUUCAGGUGGUGUGGCAAGGUGAUGAAGUAAUAGAGCUAAGUAGUGGACUGGUUCAUGGGCUUGGAGCCCUCUCCCAUCAUUCCGUCUGUGUCUGUGCUGUGACUGUCUCCAGCUAAGCUGGUUGCUCAGUUCUCGCCUGAGCCAAAGCAGAGAGGAACGGGCAGUGUUUGAACUCUUCCUUAAGCAGGUACAUAAAACAGAGCAGAUGAAUCAUGACCUAAACUGCACUGUGUUAUCUAGGUCCCUAUAGUAUGUACAAGAACUUGGGGUACAUAGCUUGGGUGGACGCCUCUUCUUCCAGCAAGGCCCAAGUCUGCUUAGUUGAACACUUAGGGUGGAUUUGGAGAGCAGUGACAAAUUUACUUCCUUGGUUUUUGCAGCAAGAACUCUGUGCGUGGGAAUAUUAGGUAAUUUGCCUGAAGUCGCACAGAAAAUCUGUGGCAGAGCCAUGGAGCUAAGUAAGUCAGAAUUUCCAAAUUAUAAUCUGGUGGCAUAAAUCUGAGGCUGUCUCCAUGUGAGAUUGACCAGUGCCUGAGGAAAUGCGCCUUUAAAAUGCGUCUUUGAUGGGCUCAUACCUGCUGUUUGGCUUUGUGUAACAGAUAGAGUUUCAUGCUGAGUUUUCAUGUCUUGGUUCACCAUCCAAAUUACGUGCUGGCACAGAAGGCACUGCUGCUCUGAGCAGCUGACAGAACUGGAGCAGUGAUAACUAGACAUCUUGCCAUCGUUUUGCUUUGCAAAAAUAGUGACCAGCUUUGGCCAGACUUCAGAUUCCAGUAACUCUUUCCAGCAAGCUCUGUGAGCUGUGCUGGAAAAGCAUCUUAACCGUUUUGGGUCCCAUUGGAUUCAGUAGCAGCACUCGGCUUGAACGGUUGAAGCUGCUGACAGACAAAGGGUUAAGGGAUUUAUUACCAGACUCUUAGGCAAAGAGAAUUAAGAGAUGAAAGUGAGCCGCUUGCCUUUUAUUUUUGUGUGUGAGUAACCACAUCGUCAUCGCCCGCUGCGUUUCAAGGCAGAGCCUAAUUGGCAGGUGAACUGAGCAGAGCCCUGUAGCCAGCUGAGUUUCCAUUUUACUGCUUUCGUAUUUUAAAAGCUUUUCUGUUCUCAACAAUUGUGUCUUUUUCUGUAUUUUAAAUGUUAAGUAUGCUGUAAUGAAUGCAAAGCCUAUCGAAAGUAAUCUGGUUUGAAACUAGAAAUAAACUGUUUUUCAUGGCAAACCUGGGCCUUUUUGGCACAACUUUGAUUUACAAAUAAGUUGGGUGCCCUUGGAGAGAUGGGGAAGGGGGAGUGUCCCUGCUUCCUUUCUGAAUCCUCUCGUGCCAGCCCCUGCUUUGCUGCCUAGCUCUCUUGGAGGCUUGCAUUGCCUGUCACAACAUUUACCUUCUGUGUUCGCCUCUGUGGAUUUCAGAGAUGAACUGGGUGAGGACACAGCUCAGGAAAGCUGAACUUAUCACACCGCUAAGGGUGCUUAGGGAGAAACCUCCGAAAGUGUGUGCUUUGUUGCAGUAGAAGGUGGAGGUGUUGAAUGGCCAGAGGGACCAUUCUGGAGCGUGCAUCAAGCCAUGAUCUAGAAAGUGUCGGCAGCUGCUGCUGCUUUUAUUCUGCUGAGCUGGGAGACAAAUUUUGGGAUGCUCUUGCAUAAAACUUUUUAGUAAACUUGUUGAAAAAAUGUCAGCGUGGACCAUCUUUAAAUUAUCUGCAAAUGACAAAGCACAUUGUCUUUCGCUGCCAUCCUUUAGGAUGUACUGAAUGAGUGAGGUCUCUUCUCUUUUAAACUAGUAUAGAGAAUUAAAAGUUUACUGGAGUGGAGGCUGAAACCCUAUCAUCUUCUCUCAGCUGAAUGUUGAAGCUGGCCCUGCUCUUAGUUGGGUGGAAUGGACCAGAAGACCUUCAGAGGUCUUUUCCAAUCUUAAUUACACGUGACUUUAUGAAUGGUAGGAGUCAUUUCAUGUAGUACUGGCUAUUUUAUUUUAUGUAUUUAUAUGUAUGUUUGUAGAUAUAAAAUAUAUGCAGAAGAAGCUCAAAGGAAGGACUGAGGGAGAGUCACCUCUGAACUUCCCAUUUCCAAGUAAUACAGUUAUUUCUCAGGAGAGGCAAGACCUUAAUCCAGACCCGGGUUCUGAAUCACACCCAUGAUAGAUCUGAUCAUAUCAUUUUUCUUUUUGGUGCGUGGCCUACACCUGUCUACCACGUCCAGUUUGGGGAAUUCGGCCUUGCUUUCUUACAGAACCUGACGUGUAUCAUUUGGGAUAGAAACAGAGUGGGUUUUAGCUUGUAGUUCUGGUAAGAACAGAAAAAGGUAGAUUAAGCUUGAUCCAUGAUUUAGUUUUGUAUUUUUGCUUUGGCAGCCAAAUUGCAAAAACAGUUAUUCACACAGACGUAUUUCUAGCUGCUUGUGAUUUAUGGAAAGAGCUGAGAGAUAUUUUACGAGAUAAAUCUCUCUACUGUGGCUGACGUCCAGCUUUAGUCAAAGCAUUUUGUCUGCGUAAAAUUCCCCUGCCAUUCCAGCUAGAUAUGAUAUUCCUCGCUGGUUUUCUCAAACCAGUAACUUGCAUAGCUGCAAACGAUGAGACUGCUGUGGAAUUCAGACCCAUGUGUGGAUAAAGCUGAUGUUUCACAGCAGCUUUCUGGGGGAAGAUUAUAUAUAUAUAUAUAUCUCUCUCCUAAAAGGAAAACAAGAAAGCAGAGUUUGCCAGUUGCUUUGAGAAAAAUAAGAUUAAACAUGUACAGAGUAUAACUCUGUUCUCCUAUUUUACUAAAAGCCACAGAUUAAUUUUGUUAGGCUGCAGAUCUGGUGUCUUCAGUAGCGUUACCUGGAUGCUCAUGUACCACAGUAUUUGUGGGAUAAUUUGCUUUCUUGGAGACUCUUAUUGUAAUUGAUUGGAUAAACUGCUCUUAUUAAGCAGGCAGUGUGAGGAUAUCCUCAUGGACCCAUCCAUGGAUGCCUGAGGAAGCAGAUCAUGUAGGCCAGCAGAGACAACCCCUUUAUGAUCUGAAGUGACUGAGAAGCUGGAUUUUCAGUUGGUAUGAUAUGAUGCUUUUAAAUCUCCCUCUGAUGUGUCUGAGGGAAGGCAGCUGAGGUCUGCCUGUCAGGCAGGUGCUUUCAGUUCAUGCAGCAGGCUUAUUAAGGGAGUAGCCACAAGAGGGAAGAAAAGGCAAUGAUAUAACUCAUGCCUUGGACUGCUGCUAAAAGGAGCCAGCGUUACAGGGUAAGGAAUUAAGACAGAUUUUUCUUGUGUUGUUUGGAUCUCUGCACUUGGACUUGGUUGUGUGAAAUGAUGAAAAUAAAAGUUGAGUAGGUCCCAUAAGUCAGUGUAUGGUACCAUUAGGGAUGUCUCCUAGCCUUAAGAAUGCGUCAGCCUGACCUCCUUUCACUUCAGAGGCUUCUGCCCUGUCCAGACCAGUAUCUACAGGCUUUUUCAGACAACAAGGUCUCCUCACAAUUUUGGAGUAGUUCAGGGUAUUUGCUUACAGUCCCGCAUAUGAACAGUAAUUUGCUAAGUGUAGUGUAAACUGGUUGAUACGUAAAACAAUGCUUGCAGCCUGGAAUAGAGCUGUAGCCAGUGCAUCUGUUUUUUCUCAUCUCAGGUACAGCGUCAGCCUCUUGGCCGCCUGAUGUCUGUUCCUACCACACCACCCUCUAGUCCCUUGAAAAUUAUUUGUUUGGUUGCCUAAAUCUCACUUUUUCCUUUUUGCUCCAUCCAAUGACACUCUUUAGUGGAUUUUAAUAAACGUUUUCUGUCCUUUGACCUGGUCCCUGCCUAGCCUUGCUAUGCCUUCAGCCGCCCGAUCGCCUCCUGGUUUUGCACCAGCCGUACUCUCUCUCUGCAUUGGCUCUCAACAUGCGCAGCCUCUCAGGAGAAGCUACUGCUCUCAGAUGCAGACGUGCCAAGGAGAUAACGAAAGAGCCAGCAAAAAGCUGAUGUUUACACUGAGUUUUUGUUUCCAGUUUAUCCCCUGCCCCCCCCCCCCCCCGCCCCAUAAUCCUAACAUCUCAGCUUUGAUUUUUCUGGUCUUUGGUUCAUUGUUUGGUUCAUCUCA